UUUGUUGGUAGCGCACAUGUCGACGAAUAUUGACCCUUCAAAUGUUCGCAAACUCGCUGUGGUAGUUAAAUAGAUUUCAAGUGUCUCGAAUCUCAAGUGUGAUGAGUGAAAAAAAGGCUCAAAUCUCUUGUUUAGUCUUCGUUUCCUUGCUGUUAACAACGAAAAGCCACACUUACUGCACCAGCUCGUACGGGAGGGAAACGUGCAGCUUCCUACCCGCAGCCCCAGGAAAAACACCGCCGUGCGCUCUGCCGGGGCUCACAUACUGCGAACAUCCUGAACACUACCCUGGCGAGAGGAUUCAAUAUUUGAUACAAAAAUGGCGGUUUGACCACUCGACUAUUCUCAUCGAUGAGUCCAAAGAAGACUUCACUUCGUACUUUUACCCCCCGCCUAAACCAAAAUAUGGCCCCCCUAACACCCUACCCACUUACUACCCCGAACCGAUCCAUAUACCUAAACCCAACUACGUUUAUGAACAAAGCUCUAGAGCGGGAAAUACUUAUAUUCCGCCCCCUUACAACUCCACUCAAACUUUUACAGGAUAUCCCCAAGGCCAGUAUGUGAAAUACAAAUACUCAAAUAAUAUACCACCAAGUGUUCCAAGGGACGUUUACGGUCCCCCUAGUUACUUAUCAACCCUUGCCCUACCCCAAAUCAACCCCUAUGCGAACAAAGUCUGGAACAGAAAAGACGAAAAGUACGGGAAAGCAAUUUUAAUUCGAAAAAAACGUUCGAGUCAUUUAAGAAAAUUGAAAUCUCUGGUUUUGCCAUCGAAUAGUACUGCCCAUGACCGCAAGAAGCGCCAAAAUGCCCUCACAGGGCAAACCUUAUGCACUUCAAGAUCUCAGUAUAUCAUGCCUAGGGCAGCUUUGAACAACAAGGGAAACUGGAUGUAUGUGGUAAACAUGCCCGAGUUGGACAACAGAUAUAGUCAACUUGUCAAAAGUGAAACUUGUGCGUCGCAGACUUGCAGUGGACUUUGUAGCCUUCCUGUAGGAUACACGUCCAGAUGCGAGCAGAAAUAUGUUCAAAAAAGAUUAAUAGCAUUGGAGGGGGCUGGGAAUGAACUCUACACCGAUGUGUUCUGGUUUCCUAGUUGUUGUGUGUGUACUAUUUCAAACGGCUGAUUUUUUAUAUCUUGUACAUGUAGAAAAUUAGUUUUUUAAAUUAUAGUUA